AUGCUCAUAUACAUUCCCCAGUCGCGCGCCGAAUGGGGCUUCUUCCUCACUGCUUUUGUACAGGCUUUGGUCGUCGUCGGCCUCGGAAUAUUUAUUCAUAUCCGAUGGCAGCAAUGGGCUAAUCCCAACUUCAUCCAACUCCAAAUCUCGUACACUGCACCCGUGUAUCUCUCUCUUUUCAUGUUUGGUUGCCUCUACCAAUGGUUGCUUGCUUUUGAUGCUAUCCGUUCAAAGCACAACAUCCAGCUUUUCGCGAUAUGUGUCUGCAAUGCUUGUCUACUUAUCUUCACGGGACUGUUGUACAAGGAGAUGCGCUGGGUGGUUCCCCACGCAACUGAACAGCGUGACAUGUAUAACAAACCACUUGUCAAACUGGACCAGGAUAUCUGGGUUGAAAUUGGACCUUGUUUGCUGGUCUGCACGAUCAUCACAGGGAUCUGCACUCUCGCAAUGUGGGGGUUUACAUACAGACUCCACAAAGAGUUUGCUUGGGCAAUAUACAAGCAUGUCAGCGCUGACUUACAUAUGAGGAGCCGGUUCUUGACAUACCAGAUUUAUUUGGUCCUACUCAAGCUUGUUUUGUACUUCUUCUUGAGCUUUGUAAUUUCAUACAACCUGAUUGAUGUCCAUUUCAGCCAGCCAGAGUAUUCAUUGACGAUGGUCCUAAUUCCUACCUCCCUACUCGUCUUGGGGUUUUCGGUGUACUACACAAGAAUCGAGAACAAGCUUGGCAUGACCGUCACAAUGGUGUUCCAGCUAGCUGGCGUAGCCUAUCUCUUAAGCAGAAUUAUCUUGCUAAAUGGAAACUCCCAAAGGGCGACAAGCAAAGGGAAAGAUCUGAUGCUGCUCUUUGCGGGUGUAGGCAUGAUCUUCCUGAUCUUCACGUUCAUUGAGGCAUGCCAAUGCUUAUACAACUUUAACAAGGGACUGAAGCCGAUUUUGCUGAACCGUAAACCCCAGGCGCUCAGACGACAAUCUUACACUUUCCAAAGGCUUUCCCUGCAACCCCCGUCUCCGAUUAACACACCCUCUCAGGCUUACCUACUAUCUCCGCGGCGUUUGUCUCUCGACUGA